CCAUGGAGAUCGUGUACGUGUAUGUCAAAAAGCGAAGCGAGUUCGGGAAGCAAUGCAACUUCUCGGACCGCCAGGCGGAGCUGAACAUUGACAUCCCGCCUAACCCCGAGCUGGCGGAGCAGUUCGUGGCGCGGAACCCGGUGGACAUGGGCAUCCAGUGCUCCACCAGCAUGUCGGAGCACGAGGCCAACACAGAGCGAUUCGAGAUGGAGACCCGGGGUGUCAACCACGUGGAGGGGGGCUGGCCCAAGGAUGUGAACCCCCUGGAGCUGGAGCAGACGAUCCGCUUCCGGAAGAAGGUGGAGAAAGAUGAGAACUACAUCAACACCAUCAUGCAGCUGGGCUUGGUCAUGGAGCACUGCAUCAAGCAGAAUAAUGCCGUCAACAUCUACCAGGAGUAUUUUGAUGACGAGGAGGAGGUGGAAGUGACGGAAGAGGCCCCGGCAGCUAAAACCAUCAAUGUUUUCAGGGACCCCCAAGAUAUCAAGCGGUCAGCCACACACCUGUCCUGGCACCCCGAUGGCAACAGAAAGUUGGCAGUGGCAUAUUCUUGCUUGAAUUUUCAACGGGCACCUGAGAACAUGAGCCAGGAAUCGUACAUCUGGGACCUGGAAAACCCCAACAGGCCUGAGACUGUCCUAAAGCCAUCAUCUGCUCUUGUCACCUUGGAGUACAACCCCAAAGAUUCCCACGUGCUCCUGGGAGGCUGCUACAAUGGGCAGAUCGCCUGCUGGGACACGCGGAAGGGCAGCCUGGUGGCGGAGCUGUCCACCAUUGAGUUCAGCCACCGAGACCCCGUGUAUGCCACCAUCUGGCUGCAGUCGAAGACGGGCACGGAGUGCUUCUCAGCAUCGACAGACGGGCAGGUCAUGUGGUGGGAUAUACGAAAACUGAGUGAGCCCACCGAGGUGGUGAUCAUGGACAUCACCAAAAAGGAGCAGUUGGAAAAUGCCUUGGGGGCCAUCUCCCUGGAGUUCGAGUCUACUCUGCCAACCAAGUUCAUGGUGGGCACCGAGCAAGGCAUUGUCAUCUCCUGCAACCGCAAGGCCAAGACACCGGCCGAGAAGAUCGUGUGCACCUUCCCCGGCCACCACGGCCCCGUCUACGCCCUCCAGAGGAAUCCAUUCUACCCGAAGAACUUCCUGACCAUCGGCGACUGGACCGCCCGCAUCUGGUCAGAGGAGAGCCGUGAGUCGUCCAUCAUGUGGACCAAGUAUCACAUGGCCUACCUCACGGAUGGCGCCUGGAGCCCGGUGCGGCCGGCGGUUUUCUUCACCACCAAGAUGGACGGGACCCUGGACAUCUGGGACUUUGUGUUCAAGCAGUGUGACCCUGCCCUCAGCCUGAAGGACAACGGGUGUUUCAUCGCCUGCGGCUCCCAGCUGGGGACAACCACACUGCUGGAGGUGUCGCAGGGGCUGUGCAGCCUCCAGAGGAAUGAGAAGAACAUGGCUUCCUCUAUCUUUGAGCGGGAGACGCGGCGGGAGAAGAUCCUGGAGGCCCGGCACCGCGAGAUGCGCCUGAAGGAGAAGGGCAAGGCGGAGGGCAGGGAUGACGAGCUGCAGGAGGAGGAGGCCGCCGACCUGCAGGAGCUGGUGGCCGCGGCCGAGCAGGAGUUCUUCGACAUCAUCUUCGCAGAGCUGAAGAAGGAGGAGAGGGAGGCCAUGAAGAAGCAGCCCGCAGCGAAACAACCAAGUCACGAGACUGAGGAGGAGGUGGAGGGAGAGGAAGAAGUGGAGGAAGAGGGAGCCCCUGAAGAGACUCCGACCUAA